ACUAUCAUCAGUGGUCAUCAAAUUUUGACAAGAAAUCUGUCAGUUCUUCAAAAAUAGGUUAUAUUUUGAAUAGUUUGUCAACAUAUGUUCUAAAGUUUUAUUGGCGACAUGGAUGAUUCGCAUAUUCCCAUCGAUAUUAACACCACAAAACUGCUGGAAUGGUUAGUUAGUAGAAGACACGUGAGUAAAGAUUGGCAAGAGAACAUUAUAAAAAUUCGUGAGAAGAUCAAUAAUGCUAUCCAAGAUAUGCCAGCUCAUGAUGGAAUUAUUAAACUGUUGUCUGGCCAACAUAUUAAUUACUUCCACUGUUUGAAGAUUAUUACUAUUCUAAAAGAAACUGAGGCAGAUUCCAAGAACUUAUUUGGAAGGUAUGGAUCUCAGCGCAUGAAGGAUUGGCAGGACAUUGUGUCCUGUUAUGAGGUAAACAAUAUCUAUUUGGCUGAGGCAGCUCAGAUUCUCAUGAGGAAUGUGGCUUAUGAGGUGCCAAGCUUAAAGAAGAGAAUAACUAAAUUGGAACAGAUGCAAGGGGAGAGUGAUAAGAAGAUUAAGGACUACACGAGGGCUGAAAAUAUGGCUCAAAAUGAAUUCAAUGCUAUAUGCAAGCAGCUAGUCAUUGAUGGUAAAGAUAUUAGGAAAGAAUUGGUGAAUCUGGUAAAUGAUAUACCAGAGAUGAAUAAUAAGUUUAUGAAGAAUUUGUUAUCUGUGGAGAAAUUUAUGAAUGUUUGUAUUGAGUUUUAUGAAGCUUUCAUCAACUUCCAUUCUGGAAAUGAUAAUUCUAUACAAGCAUUGCCCUUGUUGAAGUACCUUUUAACAAAUGGAAAUACCACCACAUAUGAGUACACUUAUGGAGAGAAGCCAGUCAGUAUUGAAUUGCCUCAGUUAGAAAUUGUUGAUGAGUCUGAAUCAAAGACAGAUUCAAUUGAUUUUGGAGAUGAUAUUGACUUUGGGGACAAUGUGCAAAUCGACUUCGGCGACAUUAGUGUUCAAAAUAUUGAUUUGAGUACGCCUAUGAGCGAAGGGGAUAUAGAUUGGGGAGCGGUGCCCACGGAUGAGGAAUUUGAAAUCGUUGAUAUGGAUGUCAAUUUGGAAGAGUCAGGGAUUGUUGUGGAAAAGUCUGGAUUGGAUGGUGGUGUCGCCAAGGGAAACGAUGCAUACACGAUUCUUGAUAAUCCGAAGACAAGAGAGCAAGUGUUGAACGAUUUGAUGGAGUUGGCGGCAUUUUUGAAGAUUCGUUUGUAUGAGAUGUCCAGCAACUCUGAUUUACUUCUGAUGAACCAAUUGGAUGCUCCAGCAAUAUUGCAAAUGCAGUCCCAAGAAAGUGUGACCGCUCUAAGUGACUAUGUCGCUGUUGUCUUGAACGAGCUGAUCAACAAACGUGCUCAGCAAUUGCACAACAUAAAACAUUCCUCCAAGUAUGUGGAUAUUCUGACAAAUAGUUUGAAGCACAAACUGGAGAUCGUGCAACGUAUGCAAACCAGCAAGAAUCUUCUAGAAGAUAAAAUCAAGGAGCAUAAAGAUGAAAUUAGAGCGAUCGAACCUGUGAUUAAGAAGGUCAUCGAGAAAACCAAGAUACUCCAAAAGGAGAUGCAGGAAGACCUGUCAAAGAAGUACAAGGGAAGAGUUGUAAAUAUAAUCGGCGGUGUCAAUACUAUGUAAUUAAAUGAAUUAUGACGUUAUAAUAUAUUGUUUAAUUGGAUUAAUAAAAUAAUUGUUUAAAUAAA